AUGACUUCGAAUUAUUCACUUGAUGUUCUUUUAAAAAGCUUCGAGUCAGCCGCUUCAUCUUCCUUAUUCAACAUUGAGAGUCCAAAAUGUUGUUCUCAUUCGCCUCGUACUGAUUCUCUUUUGUCUAAAAACAAAGAAAAAAAUUUUUGA